AUGAUGAUAUCGAUUCAGCUCGGUCCGCUCCUAAUUCCAUUUGGACUUGUUGAUGGGAAUUCUCCUCUUCUGUUAUGUCUUUUUGGCAUCUGGAACAUAUUGAAACUGAGAAGAUUUUGUGCAGCCUAUCAUCUUGCGGAAGUUAGACUUAGUCCGCAUCACUCCACGUCCCAGCGAAUUUAG